AUGACUUCAGGGACAGGAAGUCCGGGGCAGGUGCCCUUCAAGAGGAAACGCAGAAUUAAACCCAUCCCAUGUAAACCAGUCACGUCAGCAUUACCUGUGUUCUCCUCCCCUGUGAUGCACCCACUGUCGCCAGCACAGACCCCAGAACCGUGCUCCCCAGCCCCCUCAACACACCUCCAGGUGUCCUCUCCCUGCGUACCACCAGUGCCACAUGGACAGUCGGGCCUGAUGUCCCCACCACUGUCAGUGUCGGCUCACAGGUCACGGACACCAUCCCAUGUUCCUCAACAAUCUUCAUCACCGUGUAUGGAGUCUCGAGGACGGGGCAUGUCGUCUUCCCCGCCUCAGUCACCCAGCAUCAGACAAUCACCAGGAACACAAGUAGUUCCAUCACAAGAUUUACAGCAUUAUCAGCCUACUGAGUCACCAUUUCAGUCCCCUCAGUACCAGGCAGACCCAAGUCUUAUGUCACCUCAGGGGAUACAUCCUGGCACACCAGCUCCAUGUGUUGAUCCCAUAACCAGUCCUCCAACCUCUCAACCCUGUGUUGCUUCUCCUGCUCCUACAACUGUACUUCAUUCGUCAUUCCAGACAUCACAACCAUUGCAUCAAAAUGGUACAAUAUCGCAGACCCCGUCCUUGGAUCCAACUGUGUCAUGUGUGAAAAUACAGCCCCAAACAGUGGUGUCAUCCAUUCAACAGGUGACUUCCUUUCCAGAAAAUGGUGUACACAUAAACAUUGAGGAGAAUGGUGUUAUUAAAACUUAUUCCAUGGAUGAGACCAAUAGAGGUCAACAACUUUUGCCAACAAACGGUCUUCCAAAAGUUGCUGUGAUCAACUCAUGUCCUCCUAACGCAGUGCCAUCAUCAGUUAUAUCGAACACCAGCUUUUGUCCUCGUCCUGUAACUGUUAAUCCUCUCCUGUCUACCUCUGUUCUGACAAUGACCACAAGCAAUAAUAUCCUGAACAGUAUUGCUCCUUGUCCUUCGACUAUCUAUGUGACACAACCAGUCAUGACCCCAUCCUCUGUUGUCCACACAAAGUCCUCUACCUCUCAGCCCCAGUCCUCAGAAAGCCCCCUGGUGUCCUCAGUCCUUGUCCCCCAGUCCUCUACAGUUAACCACCAAUCAUCUGGUGUUCAGCCCCAGUCCUCUAUUCUUCUCGCCAAGUCCUCUGGUAGUGUUCAGCCUGAGUCCUCUGAAGCCCCCUCAAUGUCCUCAGUUAUCAUGCCCGAGUUCUCUGAAGCCCUGUCCCAGAGCUUGUCUGUCCCAACCCAGUCCAUGUCUGCAUACAGUCCCUCUACUAUGGAGGACAGUCUUCAUACAGUGACGGCCCUACCAGGGAGCAUCCUGACUGUACGACCACACAGUCCUUCACCAACACUGACUGUUGGCCCUGGCCCUGUUGACAUCAGGCCCUGCCCUCAAUCUCAAGGCAGCCUCCCAACCGCCAUAUCGAGUGCUCUACUCUGCACUAACUCACAGAUGAGUUUUGAUCUUCUGGAAGAGAACACGCUGUCAGACUUUGUCCUGCCUGUCAAGCCAGCAGAAGAUCAGGUGCAGACGGUUGUCCUCACAGACACCAAUGUAAGUCUGCCAACUGUUGUGGUCAACGAUCAGAUAUAUGACUUGACAAUGUCUCCUAAUGGCAAACAGUUAAUUCUGAAGAACCCCAGGCCCAUAAGUGACUCUCAAACAAGCUCAUACCAACCUGUGACUGUUGUGCCGUCAAGUAUUCCUCAAAUCCGAUCCAAGAUGACACCCGUGAAACUGGGAAGCCAAAACACGGUUGUUACGGUGUCACCUAAACUUCCUGCAACAUCUCCUAGGCUCUCAAAGUUGCAAGAAAUUGUUAAACAAUCUGUAUCACCCAAAUUUAAGACUUCAUGCAAACCAAACAUUUUAAGCAAAAGUCCCAGACAGACAAAGACUGUAAGCUUACCGUGUGAUGGCUAUUUUGUCAGCCCAAACCAGGAGAAAACAGAAACAGUGUUGAACUCGUCGGAGACAAUUGCAGAUGAUCAGUAUAUAGCAAUUCCUUUGGGCCGACUAGUUGAAGAGAGUCACAAGAGAUCACUCAGUUUUGAUAAACGGGCCCCUACAGAUAGUAUUUCAAAUGCAAAACCAGAACCACCUAAAGAGAAGCCUAUGUCAAAGUCGUCGUCUUGUAAACGACCCAUUAAAGCCAAAAUAAAGAUGGGCGACCGCAGACGAUAUCCCAAAGUGAAUGGUGUUUCAGUAAUGAAUGUUGAGGUUGGAUGCCCCACUGGCAAAUCAUCAUGUAUAAUGAGUUUAAUGACUGGGGAUAAACCGGCUCGUCACAAAUUGAAAACAAAGAAAAAGGUGACAAAUGCUAAACCAGAUAAAGAGCAGACGUCUUUGACAAAGGGAACUGUUUCUGGUAGUUCAGCAGUAAAACAACCACCAAGGUCCAAAGCAAAGAAUUUAUCCCAGGCAAAUGAAGGGGGGUAACAAUGGUACCUCCUCUCUGCUUGGAGUUAACCUACCUGUCAAAGUAUUUGAGAAUAAACAGUUGGAAGCAUCCAGAGGAGAGUCUCCGACAAGAUUCCAGAAGUUUGUACCCCUCACCCAAACCUCCAGCCCAAGUGUGCAGAUCAGCUCCCUCAGCCAGCCACCAGGCUUCUCAACCGAGGGAACGAUCACAACAACAGUUGGAGGAAGAAAAUAUAAGUGUUCAGAUAAACAGUCGGUCUUAGGGGGAAUGAAUGGCACCUGUGCUUCGUUUUUGUCUGAAGACAGUAACCUAUCCAGUACGAGCUCCAUUCUGACAGCAGCAUCAGAUCCGGGCCCACUGAGAGGUGGGAUGCUCAAGAUGUCGUCCAGGCGGAGAGAGGUUGUAGCACGCACGUUGUCAAUCAUUCCGGAAUGUAGGCUGCCUGGCAAAAUGAAAGGCAGCAGGAAACGGUCAGGCAGCCAUGUCUCUCUCGAUAACCUCUCAGGUAGUGCUCGAAAG